AUGGCAAAAGCACCAAAAGUGCCUGAAGUAGCUGCUAAACCAACCAAGACAAGGGCCAAUAAGAAGAACAAGGCUACCACGAAUGGCAUUGAAUCUCUCCCUCCCACAUAUCUGGCGCCAGCGCUACAGGACUUGGAAUAUGGGACAUCGUUGCGAAGCAGAUCAACUGUGAACAAACUCGACAGAAGUGCGAGUAGGAAACGAGUCAAGCCGCUGAUGCGAAGAGCUUCUGCUGCUCCACCGCUGGCUAGAGCAGGCAUGUUUUGUGUAUUUGUGUUGAACUUGCGUGCUACAUCUACUAGACAUGAAGGCUGGGAGGCUGACGGGUCUGGAACGCUACAUCGAACACACAAAACCCUCAAACAACAAGCUGUAUCCAAAAAAUCACGACGUAGACCAUACAAUUGUUGGGCUGCUUUUGCUAUGAUGUUGACGUGUUGCUUUCCGCCGUAUCUGCUGGCCGCAUGCGGCAAACGAAAUGCAUCUGUGAGACAGGCCUGGCGAGAAAAGAUCGCUCUUUGCCUGAUAAUUUUGUUUAUGUGCCUAAUGGUUGGUUUCAUCACUUACUUCUUGAGAUCUCUACUGUGUCCUACUGGAGGCUACGACGAUGUGAUGCCGGUCUUCAAUCAGAGUUACAAGUGGCCGAGACCGAUGCCCUCCUUUGGAGGUGACAUGAUUAUAAACGGCUUCUUAUACGACUUUGACAACAUAUCAGCCACACUAGGAGCAUACUAUGGAUUUACAGACGAGUGGAGAGGCGCUGAUAUAACAAAGCUCUUCCCACCAAAGCCAGACCAUUGUCAGCAAUUUCUUGGAUAUACAUCGUAUGAUUGCACGAUGCUUGGACCUCACGGUGGGCCAGCUCUACCUGCUAAUGGCCAAGACUGUCCCAAUAUGGCGUAUCUACGAGGCGUGCCUCAGAUGUACAGACUUUGGUUUUCAUGGGACGAUAUCAGGCAAUCAACAACCUACCCGCACCUCCUCACAGUAUUCGACGGCAAGGUGCUUAAUUUAACAGGCUACUUUUAUGGUGCUAAUGGUCUACAGGGUCGUUUCCUGGACACUCUCGGCUAUAGAAUCGCGUCUAUAAAAGUAAACGAAACGAUCGGCAAAGACGGCACGAAGUCCUUCUUUUCCAACUCUGAAUCAUAUGAAGCUGGAAUGUGCUUCUCGCAGCGAUAUCUAGUAGGAUAUGUAGAUAAUACGACAGCCGGAUGCUUCUUCUCCCAGGUUAUCAUGAUAUUGAUUAUAGCGGUGGUUGGUACACUGAUGCUCAUUCGAGUCACGAUGGCCUUCAUGUUUUACUGGGUAAUGUCGCGAGGUCUGACGAAAUCCAGGGAUCCGAAAGAAAAAUGGUCGGCUACGGAUGCUGUGAAUUUGCGACUCAACAAUAAGCGGGGCCCGCCAGAUGAUUUGAGAACUGUGUUGCUCAUGACGUGUUAUUCUGAAGGUCGUGAAGCCAUUUCACGUUCUAUAGGAGCUCUGGUGAAUUCGACGUAUGAUGAUAAGAAGAAGCUGCUGUUUGUUGUCUGUGAUGGUGUAAUUACAGGGUCUGGUAACAAGCAGUCCACACCUGAACUGGUCUUGUCGUUGAUGGAACAGGACGAGGAGUUGGGUAAAGUAGAACACAAGGCGUAUAUUGCUAUCGGUGAUGGUUCGAAACAGUUUAAUAUGGCCAAAGUGUUUGGAGGGUGGUGUCGAACCAAGAAAGGCGGCAAAGUCGCAACCAUAGUAGUAGUCAAAACUGGUGCUCCAGCCGAACGAUCAGAGAAGAAGGCUGGUAAUCGUGGUAAACGGGACUCUCAGCUCAUCGUGAUGAACUUUUUGUCUCGAGCUGUAUUAGAUGAUCGCAUGACUCCCUUGGAUUAUGACAUGUUUUGGAAGAUUGAGAAGCUGACGAAUUAUACAGCAGAUAAAUUUGAAUCUAUACUAAUGGUGGACGCAGACACCGAAGUCAAGCCAGACGCCCUCCAAUACCUCACGAACGCACUCAAAAACGAUUUGAGCAUAAUGGGACUAUGUGGUGAAACGCGUAUAGCAAACAAGGGACAAUCGUGGGUUACCCUCAUUCAAGUGUUUGAGUAUUAUAUAUCGCAUCACUUGGGUAAAGGAUUCGAAUCCGUGUUUGGUGGUGUCAGCUGUCUGCCGGGCUGCUUUUGCAUGUAUCGUAUCAAAGUACCUAAAGGGCCACAAGGGUAUUUCGUGCCGUUGCUGGUCAAUCCUGAUAUCGUGGAAGAAUACUCGGAGAAUGUUGUAGAUACGCUGCACAAGAAGAAUCUGUUGUUGUUGGGUGAAGAUCGGUUCUUGACGACGCUGAUGCUUCGUAACUUUCCCAAGAGGAAGACGGUGUUUGUGCCCCAAGCGGUUUGCCAUACAACUGUACCCGACAAAUUCAGAGUCCUGUUAUCUCAACGCCGUAGAUGGAUUAACAGUACUAUUCACAAUUUGCUUGAAUUGAUUUUGGUCAAGGACUUGUGUGGAAUAUUUUGUUUCUCCAUGCAAUUCGUCGUGUUUCUGGAACUGGUAUCAACGGCCGUGCUUCCUGCUGCUGUAGUCUUUACAGUCUUGCUCAUUGUAAAUAACAUCAUAUCCGGAAAACCAGACUGGUUUACAGUAGCCAUGAUUGCCGGUACGAUGCUCCUUCCAGCCAUCCUCAUUCUCAUAACGACGAGAAAAGUCCGCUACCUUGGUUACAUGGUCUUCUAUAUACUUGCCAUACCAAUAUGGAACUUUAUCCUCCCCGCCUACGCAUGGUGGCACUUUGAUGACUUUUCAUGGGGCUCCACCCGUGUAGUCGAAGGUGACGCCAAAGGAGCCCACGAUGAAUCUAAAGGUGUCUUCAACCCGCGUAAAAUCCAGCUCAAGACGUGGGAUGAAUGGGAAAAGGACCGUCUCAAAGCUAUGCGAGGUGAUGUGGACGAAACUGUGGGCCAAGCGUAUGAUCCGUAUGGUUGGACAACGUUUGCUGAUCCGUAUUAUGGAUGGCAUUAUUAUGGUGGUGGAGCUGACGUGUAUAGUAAUACGUAUUAUGCUGUGCCUCCGCCAGUGCCUUUUGGAGGGAGUGAAUGGGAGGUUAAGAAUCAAUAUGAUCCUGUUUUGGGUGGUGGCGAUCCUCAAUAUGGACAGAACAUGUACAGUCAGAAUCCACCGUAUAGUCCACCUCAGUCAUUCAUACAGGAUCGUCAGUAUGAGCUGUAUAGUCAACCCCAGCCAUUUAUACAGGAUCCGUAUAGUCAAACUCAGCCGUUCAUUCAAAACCCGUAUGCUCAAGAUUACAUCGGGCAAGGUCAGAUGUACGGAAAUCAAGCUGCUGCAUAUACUAACACGUACCCCGGAGCUGGUAUUUACGAUGCAUACGCUUCAUAUCCAAGUCACGGACGGGAUAAAAUGUCAACGGGCUCAAGACAUGGCAAUAAUACCCGUGGUCGAUCAUUGCCACGAGCUGAUGGUAAUAGUAGUGGAAGUCAACCACGUGGCAGAUCUAGAUCCAAAGAGAGCAAGGUGCCAACAGGAGAACGUGGACGAAGUGCCAGUAAAUCAUCGCCGAAAGACAGGAAAGGUGGUGCCUAA